AUGUUCUGUUUGUGCGGGGGGGUAGAUGCUGAGCUGACCUUUGAACCCAACUCAACCGCUCUAUAUUCUGGGGAGCACGUUAAUCUCACGUGUCACAUGAGAGAAUCAAAUGUCAGUGAGUGGUUUUAUGAGUUCAAGUGGAACGACAAGCCACUGGUUCCCAUCUCCUCCACUAACGUGCUCAGGAUUCCAGAGCUAACGCCCGACAGGAACGGGGAUUAUCAGUGCAUCGCUCACCACAACAGCUCAGAAGAGAACAAACGGAGCAACAGGGCCACUCUCUCUGUGUCAGCACACAGACCCAGAGCCACAGUGAGAGCAUCCAGGACGUCCAUCCCAGUGGGCGGCUCUCUGACUCUGACCUGCUCUGUGGAGGAGUCUGCGGGUUGGAGCUACGACUGGUUCACACGUUCCCCAGACGCUGAGGAAACCGCCAUCGCAACAAAUCCUGUGCAAAACUCUCUGAGCAUCUCACAGGGAGGCAGCUACUGGUGCAGGGGAAGAAGGACUCACUCAGAUUUCUGCUCAGAGAAGAGUCACGUGCAUCACAUCGACAGAACCUUGUCACACAGCAGCUUUGUCGUGCUGCAACACAACUGGACUCAGAUAUUCAGCGGUGAGACGAUCUCUGUCAGGUGUGAGAUCCAGGGAGGAGGAGACACCCAGUGGGAAUAUGAAUGGAGGACAACAAGCUCCCACCAACCAGUCACUGGUCCAGACACAGCUCCCACACACAGUGAAUACAGGCUGGGCACUGCCUCUGUUUUCCACAGUGGAGAGUACUGGUGUAAGGCCAGAGCGGACUGGUAUUCCUCAACAGAGUGGAGUGAGGCCUUCCAGCUGAGAGUAACACCCGAUAAACCCAGGCCCAGGCUGACUGCCGAUAGCACAACCAUCACAGGAAAGGGAAGCGUAGCACUGAGCUGCUCUGUGGAGAACCCGUCUGAGUGGAGAUACGACUGGUUCAGAAGAACCUCAGCCUCCUCUGCAGCUCAGAUCCUAAGAUAUAAUGAAACAGAUGAUGAAAUCAGCAUCUCAGAGGAAGGCUUCUACAGCUGCAGAGGACGGAGAGGAGACACAACCUUCCUCACAGAGGACAGCAACCGAGUCACAAUAGAGAACAGAGUUUCCCACAAGGCGUCUGUGGCCCUGCAGCCUGACUGGUCUCUGGUCUUCAGCGGUGAGACGAUCACUGUCCGGUGUGAGGUCCCUGCAGAUGUCCUGACUGAGUGGGAGUAUGAAUGGACCAAACCCAACUCAACUACGGUUCCAACACACAAUGAAUACAGGAUUGUCAAUGCGUCCUCGUCCGACAGUGGAAGCUACAGGUGUUUGGCUAAAGACAAGAAGAACUUGAAUUCCACGACCGAGUGGAGCGAUGACGUCACAUUAACAGUUUCUGAAAGACCAGCGGCUAACCUGAGUGCUGACCACAGCGCCUUUCCAGUAGCGGGCAGUGUGCUCCUGACCUGCUCCGUGGGCCCAGCAUCACCUGGAUGGAAGUAUUAUUGGUACAGAGGUGAGAAAACCUCUGAGCCCCUGACGGAUGAGGAUUUCAAGUCAAAUGGACAAAGUGCUCGUGCCUCACGUGAAGGACUGUACUGGUGCAGAGGAGGAAGAGGAGAUCCAGUUCACUACACCCAGUACAGUAACUCAGUCAGGAUUCAUGGAAUCGUCCACAACAGAGCUGCUGCGACUCUUCAACCCAACUGGCCGAACAGAUACAGAGGAGAAGCCGUCACCCUGAGGUGUGAGAUCCAGGGAGGAGACUCUGAGUGGGAGUAUGAAUGGACAGCAACCAGCUCACAUGCACCUCCCAACACAAAGGAGUUCAGGAUCAGUCUGGGGUCAGAUCUGAGCGGCAGCUACUGGUGUCAGGGCCGACUGAAAGGUGCACGGCAGAACUCCACAGGAUGGAGUGUUCCCCUCACAUUGUCUAACGCGGCUGCACCACGACCUGUCGUCACUGUGUCUCCGUCAUGGCUGACUCCUGGAGCCUCCGUGACUCUCACCUGUGGGGGGGGUCCACGUCCCACUGCAGGGUGGAGGUUCUACUGGUACAGACCAAUUCCUUCCGACUUCAGUUAUGAGCUGCUCCCAGGAAGCGACGGAGGAACUGAACAAAACUCCUUCGUCAUCCGAGGCCUGACGGAGUCAGCAGGUUAUGCAUGUCGAGCUGGAAGAGGAGACCCCGUGUUUUACACUGAGUACAGUGAGACAAAGUGGGUGUGGUCUGUAGAUUCCAAUUCGUCAGUGUCUCUCAAAGUGAGUCCGGACAGAGUGCAGCAGCAGUCCUAUCAUGACCAAGUCCGUCUGAACUGCAAGGGAAACUCUGAUAAGUGGAGAUUGUGGAGGUUUAAUAGAGACGAAGCAGGAUUCACAGAGUGCGAGUCUCAGGAGAGAACCCCAAGCUUCACAUGGCCCACGGAGCAUUAUUUUCCUUCUGGAGUUUACUGGUGUGGAUCUGGAUCAGAGAUCAGCAACGCAGUCAACAUCUCUUCAGUUCAAGGUCCUGUUCUCCUGGAGAGCCCUGCCCGUCCUGUGACUGAGGGACAGUCCGUUACUCUCAGCUGCUCAUGGUUCAGUAGAACAAACCUCUAUUCCAACUUCUCUUUCUACAAAAAUGAUGAACUCCUCCAAAGUGAUGUCAGAUGGGAACUGGAAAUCUCAGUUGUGUCAAAGGCAGAUGAAGGUUUCUACAAGUGUGAACAUCAAGGAGACUUCUCAGAGGAGACGGCUGCACCACGACCUGUCGUCACUGUGUCUCCGUCAUGGCUGACUCCUGGAGCCUCCGUGACUCUCACCUGUGGGGGGGGUCCACAUCCCACUGCAGGGGGGAGGUUCUACUGUUAUGAGCUGCUCCCAGGAAGCGACGGAGGAACUGAACAAAACUCCUUCGUCAUCCGAGGCCUGACGGAGUCAGCAGGUUAUGCAUGUCGAGCUGGAAGAGGAGACCCCGUGUUUUACACUGAGUACAGUGAGACAAAGUGGGUGUGGUCUGUAGGGCUGACCUGA